CAGAGCGCAGGGGGUGCGCGAAGGCAGCCGAGACCGGGUCCCCUGGCUGCAGCGCCCCGGCAGGUUGUAGCAGAGAUUCCUGCCCGGGCCGCGGAGGAGCGCAUCCUACACGCGUCUGCGGGAAAGCAGGGGUUAAAGGCCUUGGCUGGGUGGGGUCUUGUCCCCCCCAGCCUCCCGCCCCCCUUCUCAGACAUUUCUCAGACAUUGUCUGCCCUCUCCUGGGCCCUGGAGAAGAGGUUACCACUGGACUCAGCCCACCACAAUGUUCCCCAUUUGUCUGGUGGAAAACGAAGAAGAGCAGCUGGUGGUGAAUCCAAAAGCAUUAAAGAUUCUUGACACAAUUUCUCAGCCUGUAGUGGUGGUGGCCAUCGCAGGGCAGUACCGGACAGGAAAGUCCUACUUGAUGAAUCGUCUGGCAGGAAAGAACCAUGGCUUCCCUCUGGGCUCCACAUUAAGGUCUGAAACCAAGGGCAUCUGGAUGUGGUGUAUGCCUCACCCCCACAAGCUGAACCACACCCUAGUCCUUCUAGACACAGAGGGCCUGGGCUAUGUGGAAAAGAGUGACCAUAAGAAUGACUCAUGGAUCUUUACCUUGGCCAUGCUUCUGAGUAGUACCUUUAUCUACAACAGCAUGAACACCAUCAACCACCAGGCCCUGGAACAGCUGCACUUUGUCACUGAACUGACAGAGCUAAUCAGGGCCAAAGCCUCCUCAACACCUGAUGAAGUAGAAGACUCCUUCCAGUUUGUAAGUUUCUUUCCAGAUUUUGUUUGGGUUGUACGGGAUUUCAUACUGGAGCUGGUGAUAGAUGGACGGUACAUCACGGAAGAUGAGUACUUGGAGGAUGCCUUGAAACUGAUUCCAGGCAAGCAUCCCAAAAUUAAAUACUCCAACAUGCCCAGAGAGUGUAUCAGGCAUUUCUUUCCAAAACGCAAGUGCUUUGUCUUUGACCGGCCAACAAAUGACCUAAAAGCCCUGCAGCAUUUAGAGAAUAUAUCAGAAGCCAAUCUGGAUGGAAAUUUCCAGAUGCAAUUAGAAAAGUUCUGUUCUUAUAUCCUCACCAACGCAAAGACCAAGACCCUGAGAGAAGGAAUCAUUGUCACUGGGAACCGACUGGAGACUCUGGUGGUGACCUACGUGAAUGCCAUCAACAGUGGAGAAGUACCUUGCCUGGAGAACGCGGUGACAACUCUGGCCCUUUUUGAGAACGCAGAAGCUGUGCGGAAGGCAGCCGACCACUACAGCCAACUGAUGGCGCAGCGACUGAAGCUCCCCACAGACACGCUCCAGGAACUGCUGAGUGUGCAUGCAGUCUGUGAAAGGAAAGCCAUCACAGUCUUCAUGGAGCGCUCCUUCAAGGAUAACAAGCGGGAGUUUCAGGAGCAGUUCAUGAAUAUAAUAGAGAAAAAGAAGGAAGGUUUCUUGCUGCAGAAUGAAAAGGCAUCUGUCAAAUAUUGCCAGGCUGAACUUGAGCGACUCUCAGAACCCCUGAUGGAAAGCAUUUCAAGAGGAAAUUUUUGUGUUCCUGGAGGGUACAAUCUCUACUUAGAAACAAAGAAAAAGAUUGAACAAGACUAUAAGCUAGUACCCAGAAAAGGAGUUAAGGCAAAUGAGGUCUUCCAAUACUUCCUGCAGUCUCAGGCAGCAAUAGAGGAAUCCAUCCUACAGUUAGACAAAGCCCUCACUGACGGGGAAAAAGCCUUAGCAGCUGUUUGGGCCAAGAAGAAGGCAGCUGAGAAGGAAACUGAGCUUCUAAGAGAGAAACAGAAGGCGCAGCAGCAAAUGAUGGAGGAUAAAGAGAGAAGCUUCCAGGAAAACAUAGCCCAACUGAAAGAGAAAGUAGAGGCAGAAAGGCAAUUACUUCUGAUGGAGCAGGAGAAGAUGCUGAACCACAAGCUGAAGGUCCAAGAAGAACUACUUACUGAAGGAUUUAAAAAGAAAUCUGAGGCAUUAAAUAAAGAGAUAAAUCAACUACAAAAAGAGAUAGAAGCCACCAAAAAGGAAGAAUCCUCAGUGUUUUCACAGAUCGUUGGUGCAGUUGGCAAAAUGGUAAUUGCAGCACAACCUGGAGCUGCUAAGCUAUGGGAUACAAGGAUGAAAUUAUUCAGACCACAUUUAAAAUAGGCUGACAGUUCCUGUUAAAUAUACUAUAAAAGGCUUCUUUUGCUUUAAUAGCAUACACGAGGGCUUAUUUUUGAACCAAGUAUAUCAUAGUAGUUUCAUCCCAGAAAAGCUUGAGAAUAGUUACUACUAAAAAAUAUUAGAGCCUGACAUCCAAAAAAUUCAUACUUACUUUUGGUCAAUUUAAAGACAUGGGGAAAAAGCUAGAGAUAAUGAAAUUUUUCCUGGAAAAGAUGUAAGUAAGACAAAAAGACAAGCGGUAAGAUGAGAAAAGCAUUUGCAACUUGUGUUACAGACAAGGAGAAAAUGUAUUUAAGCCAAAAUAAGCCUUUAUAAAUCAAUGCAAAGAAGAGAAACAAUCACAGUUUUAAUGGACAAAAAAUAUGAGCGAAUCAGCAUGUUUAACUUUACUGAUAAUGAAAGACGUGCACAGUAAAGCUCUAAGAUUCCUUUCAUCUCUAAAUGGGCAAAGAGGAACAGUUUUGACAGGACACUGAGCUGACAAGAGUUUGGGGAAACUGACAGUCUCUCAUAUUGGCUAGUAGUAGUGUGCGAUUGUAUAUACAUGUUCAGUGCAAAUACCUUUGAUCUGGUAAGUUCAUGUUUAGGAAUACAUGUUAUAGAUUUAUUUGCCCUAGUUGACAAUAAUAUAUGUAAUAGUAUAUUUGUGAAAAAAUUAUCAUAAUGCCAAAAGAUUGGAAAUAAUGUAUCUCUCUGUCAGUCCACAUAAUGUAAAAUAUAGGACACACGUAGAAAGGAACACACUACUGUCCCUAAAACAAAAGGAAAAUCUCUGUUUGUACUAAUGUGAGAAAAUCUCCAAGAUUUAUCCUAAGUGAAAAAAGGUUAUGGAAAGUUGUUUAUUUGCUACCACUGAAUUUUAAAAAUAAUGAAUAUACAAACAUAUUAUGAUCCAUAUCAAGAAAAUACCAAAUAAACUGAUAUCCAUGAUCGUAUCAGGAAUAGGCCCGAUAGUUGAGGUGAGACAGGAGAGGAUACUAUUUGUAACCUGUAUAUUCUUUGAUGUCUUUUACAUUUUCUAUGAAUUUACCUAAAAAUAAAUACAAUUACUAAAAUUAAAAAUGCAUAAAAUGAGAAAGUUUCUAUGACAAGAUAAUAGUGUUUAAUAUGACUAAAAAUAGCAUAAGUCAGCUCAACAAAAAUUGGCUUAUAUUUCCUCCUACCAAAACCACCAGAUUGAGAAGUUUUGCCACUGAGCCUGUCCCCAAAAGCUUGUUGAUAUCACUAAAGGAUUUUCCUGAAUACUGCAGGUCUAGUAAAGGGGACAAGGAAAGGGAUAAGCCCUGCUUUCCCACCAAAUCUCCCCAACGUACAUGACCAGCAAUAGCAAUAAGAAACUGCCAACUUGUGUAUGUGCACCUGAAAUAUUCAAGGUUUAGAGAUAGAAAGGGAUCAGGAGUAAAGUAGAGGGCAAUAUAUGAGAAGGGACCUUCUGGAAACCAGAAUUUAUUAAUAAAAAUUGUGUAUCGGCUGAGCUCGGUGGCUCAGCCUGUAAUCCCAGCACUUUGGGAG